UCCAGCCCUGUCACAUGUCUCUAACUACAGUAGACCUGUCAAUUGCUUUAUAGCCUUCCAGAAAAGGAGAAGAAAGGGUAACGAAGAACAGUUCUAACGAUUAAAAUGGGGUCUAAAAAUGAAAGAAUGUCUGAUGCAAAUGGAAGAGCUGAUGAUGUUGCUGUACCAGACCAGGAUUGUGAAUCCAAAGGCAAAUGCAGUGAGGACAAAAAGAAGACAAAGAAACCUAAUGUGGUCAGCCCAUUAACAAUGUUUCGGUACUCUGAUUGGUUGGAUAAAUUACUAAUGGUGCUUGGCUCUGCCAUGGCAAUCCUUCAUGGUGCAGCUCUCCCAGUCAUGAUGAUAAUUUUUGGAGAUAUGACGGAUAGCUUUGUUACUCCAGGAAACAUAUCUUAUCCAGGUAAGAAUGGUCCUCGGGCUAUUUCUUUUAAUCCUUAUCAGAAACUUGAAGAACAAAUGACCAGGUAUGCAUACUAUUAUUCUGGACUAGGAGCUGGUGUUCUAUUUGCAGCCUACAUGCAAGUUGCAUUUUGGACACUGGCAGCUGGCCGGCAAAUUAAGAAAAUCAGACAACAUUUUUUCCACUCAAUAAUGCGACAGGAAAUUGGGUGGUUUGAUGUGAAUGAUGUUGGGGAACUGAACACUCGACUUAUAGAUGAUGUGUCCAAAAUUAAUGAAGGAAUUGGUGACAAAAUUGGAAUGCUCCUUCAGUCACUAGCUACAUUUCUCACAGGAUUUAUAGUUGGUUUCACAAGAGGAUGGAAAUUAACCCUUGUAAUACUGGCAAUCAGUCCUGUCCUGGGACUCUCAGCUGCUCUCUGGGCAAAGGUACUCUCUGCAUUCACUGACAAAGAGCUAACCGCAUAUGCAAAAGCAGGAGCUGUUGCAGACGAAGUUCUGGCAGCAAUUCGGACAGUUAUUGCUUUUGGAGGACAGGAAAAAGAAAUCAAAAGGUAUCAUAAAAAUUUAGAAGAUGCCAAAAAUAUUGGAAUCAAGAAGGCUAUUACAGCCAACAUUUCUAUGGGUAUUGCUUUCUUAUUGAUAUAUGCAUCAUAUGCAUUGGCAUUUUGGUAUGGAGCCACUUUGGUGAUAUCUGAUGAUUAUACUAUUGGAAAAGUCCUUACGGUCUUUUUUGCUGUAUUAAUUGGAGCAUUUAGUGUUGGACAGACUGCACCAGGUAUGGAGGCAUUUGCUAAUGCAAGGGGAGCUGCCUAUGCAAUCUUUAAUAUCAUAGACAAUGAACCUCAAAUUGACAGUUUUUCAGAGACUGGCUACAAACCAGACCACAUUAGAGGGAAUUUGGAAUUCCGCAAUGUUUACUUCAAUUAUCCAUCUAGGCAAGAUGUAAAGAUAUUGAAAGGCUUGAAUCUGAAGGUUAAUUGUGGCCAGACAGUAGCCUUGGUUGGUAGCAGUGGCUGUGGGAAAAGUACAACUGUUCAACUGAUCCAGAGAUUUUAUGAUCCAGAGAAGGGCAUGAUUACUAUUGAUGGGGAGGAUAUUAAGACCCUAAAUUUAAGAUAUCUGAGGGAGAUUAUUGGUGUGGUGAAUCAGGAGCCUGUGCUAUUCGCUACUACGAUUGCAGAAAACAUCCGCUAUGGCCGUGAAGAUGUCACGAUGGAAGAGAUUGAAAAAGCUGUCAAGGAAGCCAAUGCCUAUGACUUUAUCAUGAAACUGCCUGAUAAGUUUGAAACCAUGGUGGGAGAAAGAGGGGCACAACUGAGUGGGGGUCAGAAACAGAGAAUAGCUAUUGCACGAGCUCUGGUUCGCAAUCCCAAGAUUCUUCUGCUCGAUGAGGCAACUUCAGCUUUGGACACUGAAAGUGAAUCAGUUGUGCAAACAGCGCUGGAUAAGGCUAGAGAAGGCCGCACCACCAUUGUAAUAGCUCAUCGUUUGUCUACAGUCCGAAAUGCAGAUCUUAUAGCUGCAUUUGAAGAUGGAGUCAUCACAGAACAAGGGACCCAUCAUGAACUGAUGAAAAGAAACGGAAUUUACUGCAAACUUGUUAACAUGCAGACAAUAGGAACUGAAGUUCAGUCAGAAGAAGAAGCUGAAAACACCACCAAAAUGGCACUGAAAGAAUCAAUAAGAAAUGGCUUGAGAAGGAGAUUGACUCGAAAAAGCACCAAGAAGUCAGAAAUACAGGAUGAUAGCCUUGAUGUGAAAACUGUUCAACCUGAUGAAAACGUGCCUCCAGUUUCAUUUCUGAAAGUUAUGAAGCUGAACAAAACUGAAUGGCCUUACUUUGUAGUUGGAACUUUCUCUGCAAUUAUCAAUGGAGCUUUACAACCUGCAUUUGCAAUAAUAUUUUCAGAAGUUAUAGGGAUUUUUGCAGACCCAGACAAGACCGUUGUAAGAAACAAGUCCAACUUGUUUUCACUGCUAUUUUUAGGACUUGGGAUCAUUUCUUUGGUUACUUUUUUUCUUCAGGGUUUCACGUUUGGCAAAGCUGGAGAGAUCCUCACAAUGAGGCUUCGAUUCAUGGCAUUUAAAGCAAUGCUUAGACAGGACAUCGGCUGGUUUGAUGACCCUAAAAACAGCACUGGGGCAUUAACUACAAGACUUGCUAAUGAUGCCUCUCAAGUGAAAGGAGCUACAGGCGCCAGACUGGCUUUAAUUACCCAAAACAUAGCUAACCUUGGAACUGGCAUUAUUAUAUCAUUGGUCUAUGGCUGGCAGCUAACCCUUUUGAUUUUAGCCGUUGUGCCAGUCAUUGCCAUAGCAGGAAUCAUUCAAAUGAAAAUGUUGGCUGGACAUGCAAAAAAGGAUAAAGAAGAACUGGAAGUUGCAGGAAAGAUUGCCACUGAAGCCAUAGAAAAUAUUCGAACUGUUGUUACUUUGACCCAGGAAAGAAACUUUGAAUUUAUGUAUGGACAAAAUUUGCAAGGACCAUAUAGAAAUUCUGUGAAGAAGGCACAUAUCUUUGGAUUUACUUUUGGCCUUUCACAAGCAAUUAUGUAUUUUACCUAUGCUGGAUGUUUUCGGUUUGGUGCCUAUCUAGUGGUAAAUGGACACAUGGGUUUUAAAAGUGUGUUUCUGUAA